AUGGCUUCCAGCAAAGUCUUUGGUUUGCUUUGCUUGUCUAUGUUUCUAUUGACUCAUAAUUCAGUGUUUGCUUCAUUUGACUAUGGGGAUGCUCUCACCAAGUCCUUGUUGUAUUAUGAGGCUCAACGAUCUGGAAAGUUGCCUCCAAACCAAAGGGUGCAAUGGCGUGGGGAUUCUGGGCUUAAAGAUGGAAGUGAUGCUGGUGUUGAUCUUGUGGGAGGAUAUUAUGAUGCUGGGGACAAUGUCAAGUUUGGAUUUCCCAUGGCAUUCACAAUCACAAUGCUUUCAUGGAGUACCAUAGAAUUCGGGAGCAAACUUGACGCCAAGAGUGAGCUCUCAAAUGCAUUGGAUGCCAUUAAAUGGGGCACUGAUUAUUUGGUCAAAGCACACGCUGCGCCGAAUGUCCUCUAUGGCGAAAUUGGCGAUGGUGAUUCUGAUCAUGAAUGCUGGCAGAGACCCGAAGACAUGACCACGCCGCGGACCACCUUUAAGAUCGACGAGCAGCAUCCGGGAGCUGACCUUGCUGGUGAAACCGCUGCUGCUUUGGCUGCUGCUUCCAUUGCUUUCAAGGAUAAAGACUCUAAGUAUGCGUCUGAACUUUUGACCCAUGCUAAAGAGCUAUUCGAGUUUGCUCGUGAUCACUCUGGUGUUUAUCAGAAUAGCAUUAAUGUAGCAGGAAAAUUCUACUCCAGCAGUGGAUAUGAGGAUGAACUAUUGUGGGCUGCUGCUUGGCUUCAUCGUGCCACCGAUGAAAAAACAUACCUGGAUUAUCUUGGUCAAGCAGGCAAUACUGGUGGUGCAAGAACUGUGUUCUCUUGGGAUGACAAGUUUAUUGGUGGGCUUGAGAUAGCAAUUUUUUGGGAUGUUCCAAUUGUAUGA